AUGGUCAACUUGAUCCCGGUCCUACCAGGCACCGGAAAACAAGGGCAGGCAGCUAUCAAGGUGUUCCGUGAUCGCGGCUACACUGUACACACUUUGGUCCGAAAUCCUUCAUCAGACGUUUCGAAGGAAUUGCAUUCCCUUGGUGCAAUCGUUCAUAAGGGCGAUCUUGCGGACAUAAAAUCUAUAGAAGCAUCACUCCAUGGCACCGAAGCUCUCUUCUUCGCUAUUCCCGCCCAUCCACUUAACGAAAUCUUAUUUGCGAAGAACAUCCUAGCAGCUGCUUCGAACUCAAAUGUACGGAGCAUUGUGUACUUGAGUGUAGCUCGCGCCGGAGAGCAUGAGAAUUUCCCUGGCUGGGAUGCGGACAGCUAUCCACUAGGAUGGUACUGGAUGAACAAGCAGACGAUAGAAGGGUUAGUGAGAACAUCCAAUUUCACCUAUUGA